AUGUUGAGGAAAUGUUUACGAGAUGAUACACAGGCUAUUGAGUGUCAGACUAUGGAAAUGCGACCUGAUAUUACAAAUGUAGAAGUACCAGAGCGUAUUAUUGAUCGAAUGAUUAAACAUCUACGACACAAGGAUAUAACAUUGGUGAAGGUACAGUGGAGUCACCAUGGAGCAGAUGAAGCUACAUGGGAGUUAGAGUCAGAGAUGAAGGAGAAUUAUCCGCAUUUGUUUGAUGAAGUGAGAGGGGCUAACCUCUUCUUGUCCUCUUCUUCCUUUCCCUUCCGUGCAUUCACGGCGUCUUCAGCGUUCGUGUGUUUCUACGCUCUGAUCAACAACUCUACCAUGCUGGUGGGAGGUUCUCUAGAUAAGGCGAACAAGAAUCUGGAGAUUUGGAGUCCUCCUAUGAAAGCGAUCAAAGCCACCUUGUCGUCCACCUCUUUUACCUGCAACAUCUCUGUGUUAAAUCGGGUAAUGUAUUCCCAGAUUGACUCUCCCUUCUGUUGUUUCACGGUAAACAAGGCUCACUCAGCCACUUUCACAUUCACAUUCACAAACAGCUGCCCUUACACCAUUUGGCCCAGAACCCUCACUGGCGGUGGCGGCGCUCAAUUAUCGUCGACGGGGUUCGAGUUAGCAUCUAAAGCUUCAUCAUCUCUCAACAUGCCUGCCCCGUGGAUCGGCCGGUUUUGGGCAUGGACUUUUUGCGCCACGGACGCAAGUGGGAAGUUCAGCUGUCAAACUGCCGACUGUGCCUCCGGUCAGAUAGGUUGCAAUGGUGCCAGUGCAAUCCCUCCAGCAACCCUAGUAGAAUUAGCCCUGGUAGCCAACAAUGGACAAGAUUUUUACGAUGUUAGCCUAAUAGAUGGGUUCAGCUUGCCGGUUUCCAUCAUCCCACAAGGUGGAUCCGGCAGCUGCAGCCCCUCUUCCUGCCCGGCUGACGUCAAUGCCGAGUGUCCAGCGGAUCUUGCGGUGAAAAAUUCAGAUGGUGCCACAAUUAGUUGCAAGACUGCAUGCCUAGCAUUUGAUCAGCCACGGUAUUGUUGCACUGGAGCUUAUAACACAGAAGCGACUUGUCCACCAACGAACUACUCUCAGUACUUUGAAAAGAAGUGUCCUUUGGCUUCUAGCAAUGCCUAUGGUGUCACAACUAGCACUUUCACUUGCAAUGGACGACCUACAAAAGCUAUUACAUUCUGUCCAUGA